AUGCAAAAUAUCGGAAAGUGUCAGUUACUUGAACAAACAUUAGCUUCUUCUUACCAUACCACUAUUCGAGGAUCAAUCGGGAGCUGUUCCCUCUAUUUUCGGUUGAUGGCUUUGCUGCAUACCAACAUUAAAAUGGACGAAUCAAACGAAGAUCCUUCUGCAAUUAACAGGAACAAGAGAAAAUCACAAAACGAAGAUUUCAAUCUUCCUGUAUCAAAACACACAUGUUUAGAGAAGAGCGUUUCUCCAUCCAACUUCCAGUCUGACAUUAGUCACUCAAGAUUCAAUCAAACAGAAUCAGCAAAAGAUAGCAACAAUUUCUUUGAAGAUGCAGACUCAGUCAUGUCCGUAUACAAUGAUUCUGAAAACGAGCUUCCAUAUCUCAAGAUUUCUCCCUACGAUCAUCAUUCUUCCUCUUCUGUUAAUUGGAGUGGUAGAGUCUUUGAUACUAGUGUCAAUUCUGUAGACAGAUCAGAGACAAAAAGCUUUGAUGAAGCUUCUAUGAAUCCGGCUUCUUAUGAUUUUUACAUGUCUCAAAAUUUUGAGGAAGAAGAAUUGGAUUGUGGAGAAAAUGAAACCAAGCAAAUGGAAGAUGAAGAAGCACUGGAAGAUUUCUUUUGCUCCAAUGAUGUCAUUCCAGAUAAUUUUGUACUUUCCUCAGGAAGAUGGAAUGUCAACCAAGAUAUUCAACAAGGCACCGAGAAACUGACCAUUGACAAAGAGUUUGAGCAGUAUUUUUCAAUGCUUAUGCUAUAGCAUAGUUCAUAAAAUAAGAACAUGCAAAAUGUACAUUAUUGUUGUAUUUUUAAGUCGUUUGUAAAAUAUUGCGUUCGAAGGUCGGAUUUUUGCUUGUGUCAUCCUUCUAAUUAUUUCAUAACUAUUCCGAAACCAAAAUAUGUGAAAGGUUUUCGGUCCAUUUAUUUA